UGUGAAGACUGAACUAGAUUGGGUCUUAUAAUUGCCCAGUUACUUAUUGAGCAUCCUUUGUGUGUAAGGAGGGGGGUCAAUAGCCUAGUAUGAGCAGUGUUCUUCCUGUAAAAGCCCCGCCCUUCCUCUGCACCAGCCUGCUUCACAAUACCUGUACCUUUCUGCUACGAGAACACGCACAGCAAGGACGCUCCAUCUCAGCACUUUUCUGAGAGUGUUUGUACGCGCGCGCGUGUGUGUGUGUGUGUGUGUGUGUGUGUGUGGUUGAAUUAUUGAUGACUACGGAUGCUCCACACGUCCUGCCAAGGCCGUCCUGGGAGUGUGUGAGUAGGAGCGAGCACUUUGUGUUUAUGUCUCAGCAGAGAUGGGUGAAAGGAGUACAGUGCAGGAGCCUGCUUAUGAUGGCUUGUGCAACUACGCCCAAAAAAUCACCUCGUGCUUCGGACUUGACGUGACCCACACACAUGAUGCUCAACACCACCAGGAGAAGCCUUCCAUCCAGUGCUAUAAGUGUGGCCAGCCAUGCAAGGGCGAGGUGUUAAGAGUGCAGAACAAUCACUUCCAUAUCAAAUGUUUUACAUGUAAAGUGUGCGGUUGUGACCUGGCACAGGGUGGAUUCUUCAUGAAAAAUGGAGAUUAUCUGUGCACGCUGGACUAUCAGCAGAUCCAUGGCACCCGCUGUAACGCAUGUGGUGAGUUUGUGGAAGGAGAAGUGGUCACUGCACUGGGGAAAACUUACCACCCUGCCUGUUUCGUCUGCACUGUCUGCAAAAGGCCGUUUCCUGCAGGAGACAGAGUGACGUUCAACGGAAAGGACUGUCUGUGUCAGUACUGUGCUGAGCCCAUGUCCCCCGUCCCUUCUAAGGGCAUCACAGGGCCUGGCACAUGUGCAGGUUGUGGCAGAGACAUUAAGAAUGGACAGGCUUUACUGGCUUUGGACAGACAGUGGCAUUUGGGCUGCUUUAAAUGUAAAGCCUGUGGCAAAGUACUGACUGGAGAGUACAUCAGCAAAGAUGGCUCCCCAUACUGUGAGAAAGAUUAUCAGCUCCAUUUCGGAGUGCGCUGCGAAGCCUGUCAAGAGUUCAUCACCGGCAAAGUGCUGGAGGCAGGUGACAGACACUACCAUCCUAGCUGCGCUCGCUGUAGCAGAUGCAAUCAGAUGUUCACUGAAGGAGAGAAGAUGUACCUGCAAGGAUCGACUGUUUGGCAUCCUGGCUGCAAGAACUCUACAAGAACGGAUGACAGACAAAGGCCGACACGCUCGUCAUCCGAGAGUGUGUGUUCCAGACCUGGUUCAAGCAUACCUAGCUCACCGGGUCACACCAUAUAUGCAAAAGUAGACAAUGAGAUUCUCGAUUAUCGGAAUCUCGCUGCCAUUCCCAGAGUCAAAGCCAUUUAUGACAUUGAACGUCCUGACCUGAUCAACUACGAGCCGCUUUACACCACUUCCCUCGACGAGAUGGAGGAGAGAGAGAGUGUCGGAGAGACACCAAGAACUAUGUCGCCGAUCCCGUCUGCAGAUAGUUUUUAUGACAUGAAGGGUCACAUCUUGCAGCGCUCGACGAGUCAGGGCUCUAUCGGCUCGCCCAUCUAUAACCGCCACUGUUACACACCGACCCUUUCUCGAUCCCCACAGCACUUUCACCGACCUGAUCAGAGUGUCAACAUGUACAGGAAGCCACCCAUCUACAAAAAGUAUGAUUUGGCUGCCUUUACAGCCGAAAGCAGGUCUGCAGAAGACAUCAUCAAAUGGGCCAAAUUUCCAUCGGCACUUGCUCCCGGUCCAGAAGACGUACCUAAGAUAGAGACCGAGUGCUGGGUGUGUCAGUCAACCAGUAGUACUCUAGGUUCCGAUGGGGGGAGACGGAGAUCCCGAGAGGAGGAUGAGGAGGAGGUUCAGAAACGUAGACAACUCCAGGAAGAACAUCUCACCAGGAUGCAGUCUGGUCUUGGAAAGCUCAUCCUGAAGGAGGAGAAGGAAAAGCAGCUGUUUCAAGAACGUCACGUGCGAAGUCAGUCUGCACAAAGACCAACAAACGGCAACACAGAUCCAAAUUCUCCUGCCAAAACAGGGUCACUUCCUGGCUACGGGCGAAGUGGGUUGCACAGGCCUCAGUCAACUGACUUUACUCAGUACAACAGUUACGGAGACGUCUCUCCAGGAGGACGAGAAUUUCAGCCCUUGCAGGAUGGCCAUCGUCCUGUCAGCAGAAUGGACAGGGGGGUUUCGAUGCCUAAUAUGCUGGAACCAAAAGUAUAUCCUUACGAAAUGCUCGUGGUCACCAGCCGUGGCCGUGCCAUGCUGCCCAGAGAUGUGGACAGAACCCGACUGGAGCGGCACCUGGCUCCAGAAUUGUUCUUUGAGAUAUUUGGGAUGGACAUUCAAGAGUUCAAUAAGUUACCUCUAUGGAAGCGCAACGACAUGAAGAAGAAAGCCAGACUCUUUUAACCAUAAAAAAGACACAAUACACUUCUGUAAUGUAGCCAUAUAUUUGCUUGUAAUCUCUCUUUCUUUCUAUCACGGCCAUUGUAUGUGCAUAUAUAGGAAGGGACGUGGAGCGAUUUGACUGUUUUAUGUUUAUAUUUUUAGCACAACAUAGCACUAUGGUACCAUCAUUUUAAACAAAAAAGUGACAUCAGCACAUAAGCACUGAAUGUUCAGAACUUUAUGUAUUUAUGUCUCUUGUGCUUGUUUUCCUCCUUAACAGACAUUUUCUUUUUCUGCUUACUUCUCCUUAGGUAACUUCCGCUCGCGUAGAAACUUAAGACAUUGUCACAAUGAUUUCACAGGUAAUUGAAUGUAGUCACAGUGAGCUUUCACGUAUGCUUGUAUGUUGGUACGUCUUUAUGUAAGAUGUUAUAAGCACUAGUAAAGUUCUCCACAUUUUCCACAUUUACUCCUUUAAAUUUCUUGUUUAUCUAUAUUUUUGUCAUUUGAUUACUGAACUUUAGUCAAACCCACACUGUACACGUCAUAAAAAACAAGCUGGAUCUGGAUCAUGUUAUUCCGAACGGAAAACCGCACUGCCAUUUAUUCUAUGUAUGAAUGACGAAGUGAAACGGUUGAUAAACUGUGAUAGACAGCAACACCAAAGGUAUGGCCAUGCCUAAGAGAGCAAAAACAGCACUGGGUUUUUCUCAGGAUCCUUUCCACUGAAGGCUUAAAAGGACCAAAUGUGUAAAUUAUAGUUUCGGACACCGAUGUCAGAGCAAUUUUUUUUGUUGUAGCUUUGUUUGGGUGGUAGGUCAAGGAAUGGCAUGGCUUCUUCCUCUCUCUCCCUCUCUCUCUCUUUCUUUCUCUGUCUCUUUUCACAUUCAAAACCAUACACAAGUUCUUUCAGCUCUGUUUGUCGGUCGAAACUAAUUUCCAUGUUAAUCUAACUGCUUGCAAAACACCGGGAUUUGACAAGCGACAAAAUGUGAACUCUUCGUGAAUAUUUUAUUGAUGUAAAAAAGCUUCUGGUUAAUAAAAUGCAGCAAAUCAGAUGGCACAUUACGUCUUUGUUUCUGACUGUUACAUUUAUGGCGUUUGGCAGAUGCCCUUAUCCAGAGCAACUUCCAUUUAUCUCAAUUUAUAUAACUGAGCAAUUGAGGGUUAAGGGCUUUGCUCA